CCCUAUCGAACCCUAUGGGUACGGGUAAUGAUGAUUGCAUAAAUUUUGAAUGAGUUAUUUAAAUAUAUAUCUUUAGUAAUGAUUGCAUAAAGUUUCUUAGAAACAAUAUAUCGAACAUAUGUGGGUCAAAAACUAUGGAUACGUUCUCUUUGCCUGAUCUAAUCUGAUAAGAUCUGAUAAGAGCUGAAAUUAUUAGAGACCUUUAAUAAUAUUUGACCGUCAUUUAAAUAAAUUUUUUAAAAAAUAAGCGGGAGUUUUUUUUUUUUUUUGGUGAAAAGAGUUUAAGCGCUGUUUUUUUUUUUUGGUGAAAAGAGUUUAAGCGCUUUUUUUUUGGUGAAAAGAGUUUAAGCGCUUUAUUUUCACUAACUUUCUAGAACUCGUUUCUUUCCCUCAUCAUCCACUCUCAGCUCAUCCGGUUCCCCUCUCUCUCCUCUCUGUUCCUCGUCUCUCUUAAUCUCUAUCUCAACUCACCUCCUUUUUUCUCUCUCAUCUCCAAUCAGCGACGAACGUCGUUCCUCAUGUAAGUUUUUUAAUUUUGUAAUGAAUUCAUCGGUCAUUUCCUUCGCCAGUCUACUCGUCUUCGUGCGGAUUCCGUCGCUAUUCAAGCAACUUUAUUUUAUCACCACCACGCCACUGCCUAUCACCAUCACGCCAUGUCAUCGCCAAUCGAACAUCAUUCCGGAAAUGAAGCUACAAUUGGACUUAAUUUAGGUAUGUUUGUCUUCUUCGAUGUCUUCAUUGACGAUUUGGUACGUACACAAAGGCUUUGGGAUAUGAAAAACAAAGAGGUGAAAAUUUUCUAUAUGUGUGAAAUUCGUAAGGACUUCACAAUCGACGCAACUUUCAAGGGGAAUGCGUCUUGUUUCUUGAAUCAUAGUUGUGAUCCAAACUGCAAAUUGGAGAAAUGCAUAAAGCUCCUUACAUAGAGGAACUUGAAUAACAUAUGCAACAACUCCACAAAAAACGUGCAUUGGUCGUCUUUGAAAGGUGCGCUGCUGAUGAUGACGAGGAGAUGGCAGAAGUACAAGCAGCUGUAGAUGAAGCUAUGUCAGUUUUGUGAAGAGGUGGUGGCAAUGCUCCUAUAAUUACCACCGCCACUAGUGCAUCUCAGGGAGCAGCUGCUACCAUCAAGCAACAAAAAGUUGUCCGGUGAAGCUUCAUCAAUUUGGUAGAGAUGAAAAUCUUCAGAAACUUAUGGAUAUGGCUAGGAGGUCUGAUGCUAGACAGCGUAAAAGAUCUCCUUUGGAUGCUAAGAGAAUGUCGUAUGUUGGAAAUGACUACUCCUAUCCGAGGAUGGAAGGUGAAUCUAGCACUAAUGAGAGUGAAGCUUAUGAGUGAAAUUGUGAUUUGUUACUUCAGACAACUGUAAAAUUCUUCAGCGAUGCAGCUGAGGAACCAGUCUAGGUGCUCUAUUUUUUUUAUAACUUAGUUGAAUUUUUGGAAUCUUCUAACGUUAUAUUGAUAUGUAUAUGAUUUUGUAGUGAAUGAUAUUGAAUGAAAGGUAUUGAAAUUAUAAA